CCUGGGUACAAGCUCGAGAAUCACUGCCCAACACUUCAACUUCAGAGUCAUCUGGUUGCGAUAUCAUGUCAUCGCGAGGCGGUAUUUUUUAGUCCGCCUCUACAAUUAUAUUACUAUACAAAUCGAGGCUGCAGCAUAGUCUAAGGAGGGAUGAGCACGUGUAGACCCAAUUGGUGCCAGACGCCACUCCGGUAUCCGAAGGCACCUUACUCUGAACGAGUCGCCCUGGGAGACGAUGUGAUUCCUCCGACCCAGGCUGUUUCCGCAAAAGACGGGUCGCAACUUCGCUCUGUACGUGUACAGAAGGGACAGUCAACGCCGCAUCGACCUGUUUCUGUGAGGCUCAUAUGUCCUGACGGGAAUUUGUUCAAACCUUCUCGCUGGCUUGGGACCGCACAAGGCAAUCUUCCGAAUGUUAGGGUGGAACCAUCUUGAGACUUUUAGUGGAUGUGUCUCGGGGCAAGACUUGCCGUCUUCGGGAUCUGUGAAGGCAUUCAAAUUCGAAGAAGUGGAAGGCACCCCA